GGUUUCACGUAACGAUUUUGGCCUUGCAUCGAUAUCAAGAAGUGUGGAGAGUCUGCUUUUCCUGCCUGCUGGCGAGGGUUCGGCUCCCGCAGAAGCAUUUUACGGUAGCUCUCUUUUCUUUACCACGGGGUGCCCGUCUCUAGACCAUCUUCUUAGCGGUGGUAACGGUGCUUUGGCGAAGGACGCAUCAGACGGCGGGUUUCGUGCUGGCUUUGUUUCAGAAGUGUAUGGUGAGGCGGGCAGCGGCAAGACGCAACUUGUUCUACAGAGUCUGCUUCAUUGUGUUGCACAGCACUUGUGUGAUCGGUGGCAUCCCUCUCGUACACCGGAGAGUUGCUCCAGUGGAUUGACGACAGGAGGCGUGGCGGCGCUGUACAUUGUCUCGGAGAAUUUUCCGGCAGCUCGACUUGCAGCACUGGCGGCGGGUACUGUGGAACGAGAAAAGCGGAGGGUUCUUCGCGUAUCAGCGCACCUUCCGCCAUCGACUGUUGACCGGCUAAAGGCGUACUUGGAGCGGGAGGUGACAGUGGAUUCCGUUAUAAGGGGACUACACGUUCGUCGUGUAGGUACACUGAAGGAACUUGUUUUUUUGCUUCAUUCUGGCACUUUAUCAAGGGCGUUUCACGCUUUGGGUGGUCGAGGGAUGGUGGCGGUGGACUCCAUUGCGGGGGCUGCCGGUGCAGGUGACGGUGCGAAUGGUGAUGAUGGAGGAGGGGAGAUGGGAACAGAUGUUAUGGUUGUGGGGACAUUAUUGAAAACGUUUGCGGUACACGAGAAGGCCGCAGUGGUUGUCACCAAUCAAGUGCGCUCAAUGCUUUCUGGUGGACAGCAGCAGCGGCAUGGCGUCAAAGACGCGGUAAUACCCGCACUUGGGGUUCAGUGGUCCUUGACGCCGCAUGUGCGUAUUCAUCUUCGACGUCUUCAAGGCGCGGGUGGCACGACACAUCGAAAGCUCAUUGUUCUCUCAGGUCCCUCAAAUCCCCCCUUGUGCGGCGGGUACGUCAUUGGCGAGGAUGGCAUUCGCGGGGAUUUGUAA